AUGACAUCAAAAGCUUUAAACCAUCUCUUCACUCUCUUAAACCAUUAUAUAAACUACACUAACCUUCGUUCACUUAUCAUCCUCUCUAUCAUCUUCGUUCUCCGAUCUCUCGAACACAAACUAGACCUUGUCCCAAUGUCUUCCAACGUAGAGAAGAAAGGCCUCAUCGUGAGCUUCGGCGAGAUGCUCAUUGACUUCGUCCCCACGGAAUCCGGCGUUUCCCUCGCUCAAUCCCCCGGGUUUCUCAAAGCUCCCGGAGGUGCUCCCGCCAACGUCGCCAUCGCAGUCACGCGUCUCGGUGGUCGUGCAGCUUUCGUUGGAAAGCUAGGUGAUGACGAGUUCGGUCAUAUGCUUGCAGGUAUCUUGAGGGAGAACGGUGUUGAAGAUAAGGGGAUCAACUUCGACAAGGGAGCGAGAACCGCACUCGCUUUCGUCACGUUGCGUUCAGACGGAGACAGGGAGUUUAUGUUUUACCGGAACCCUAGCGCCGAUAUGCUUCUCCGACCAGACGAACUCAACCUCGAACUAAUCAGAUCCGCCAAGGUGUUUCACUAUGGAUCAAUAAGUUUGAUAACGGAGCCAUGUAGGUCGGCUCAUUUGAAGGCAAUGGAAGUGGCGAAAGAAGCGGGAGCUCUUCUUUCCUACGACCCUAACCUAAGGGAACCUCUUUGGUCAUCACCUGAAGAAGCUAGGACACAGAUCAUGAGCAUCUGGGACAAGGCUGAGAUCAUCAAGGUCAGUGACGUGGAGAUUGAGUUCCUUACCCAAAACAAAACCAUCGAUGAUGAGUCAGCCAUGUCUCUAUGGCAUCCCAAUUUGAAGCUAUUGCUUGUUACCCUCGGUGAAAAGGGAUGUCGUUACUACACUAAGGGUUUUCAUGGAUCUGUUGAAGCAUUUGAUGUGAGCGCGGUGGAUACUACCGGAGCUGGAGAUUCCUUCAUCGGGGCGUUUCUAAGCCAGAUUGUUGAUGAUCAGACUGUACUCGAGGAGGAAGAGAGGUUGAGAAAAGUGCUGAGGUUCGCAAACGCCUGUGGAGCAAUCACGACGACCAAGAAGGGAGCCAUUCCAGCACUUCCUUCAGAGUGUGAAGCUCUCUCUCUUCUUAAAGACAAAUAGAGAGACGUAGUGACAAACUUUUAAUUAAUACUACAGAAAUCUGCGCUU